CUGUAAGGCAAGGGCGGUGGUUGCUUAUCCAGUCCGAGGAUAUCAGGCGUAUUCUUCCAGAUUUUAGCAAAGUGGAAACAGUUCGGGUCCCUGGGCUGACUGAGGUCUUUGUCUUACUCUUGGUUUCUACUUUACACAGCUCACAAACAUGUCGGACAAAAGUGAAUUAAAGGCAGAAUUGGAACGUAAGAAGCAGCGGUUGGCCCAAAUCAGAGAGGAAAAGAAGAGAAAAGAAGAAGAAAGGAAAAAAAAGGAAACUGAUCAGAAGAAGGAAACAGUUGCUCCUGUGCAAGAAGAAUCAGAUCUUGAAAAAAAAAGAAGAGAAGCUGAAGCAUUGCUUCAAAGCAUGGGGCUAACUCCAGAAUCCCCCAUUGCUGAGCAACCUCUCCGUGUAGUAACAGCGGAUACCUGUCUAUUUCACUAUUUAGUCCCUCCUCCUAUGUCUCCAUCCUCCAAAUCUGUGAGCACACCAAGUGAAGCUGGAAGCCAAGACUCUGGAGAUGGCGCAGUGGGAUCUAGGACGCUGCAUUGGGAUACAGAUCCAUCAGUUCUUCAGCUUCACUCAGAUUCCGAUUUGGGACGAGGACCUAUUAAACUUGGAAUGGCUAAAAUUACACAAGUUGACUUUCCUCCUCGAGAAAUCGUCACAUAUACAAAGGAAACUCAGACUCCAGUUAUGGCUCAGCCCAAAGAAGAUGAAGAGGAAGAAGAUGACGUAGUGACUCCUAAACCACCUAUUGAACCAGAAGAAGAGAAAACUUUAAAGAAAGAUGAAGAAAAUGAUAGUAAAGCUCCCCCUCAUGAGCUGACUGAAGAAGAAAAGCAACAAAUCUUACACUCGGAGGAGUUUUUAAGUUUCUUUGACCAUUCCACAAGAAUUGUAGAAAGAGCUCUUUCUGAGCAGAUUAACAUCUUCUUUGACUACAGCGGAAGAGAUUUAGAAGACAAAGAAGGAGAGAUUCAAGCAGGUGCUAAACUGUCAUUAAAUCGACAAUUUUUUGAUGAACGUUGGUCAAAACAUCGUGUUGUUAGUUGUUUGGAUUGGUCAUCUCAGUAUCCAGAGCUACUCGUGGCUUCCUAUAAUAACAAUGAAGAUGCUCCUCACGAGCCGGAUGGUGUGGCCCUUGUAUGGAAUAUGAAGUACAAAAAAACUACCCCCGAAUAUGUGUUUCACUGCCAGUCAGCUGUGAUGUCUGCUACGUUUGCAAAAUUUCAUCCAAAUCUGGUUGUUGGUGGUACAUAUUCAGGCCAAAUUGUGCUGUGGGAUAACCGUAGCAAUAAAAGAACUCCAGUGCAGAGAACUCCGCUGUCAGCUGCUGCACACACACAUCCUGUAUAUUGUGUAAAUGUUGUUGGAACACAAAAUGCUCACAAUCUGAUUAGCAUAUCUACUGAUGGAAAAAUUUGUUCAUGGAGUCUGGACAUGCUUUCCCAUCCACAGGAUAGCAUGGAAUUGGUUCAUAAACAGUCAAAGGCAGUAGCUGUGACAUCUAUGUCCUUCCCUGUUGGAGAUGUCAACAACUUUGUUGUUGGGAGUGAAGAAGGUUCCGUGUACACAGCAUGCCGCCAUGGCAGCAAAGCUGGAAUCAGUGAGAUGUUUGAGGGACAUCAAGGACCAAUCACUGGUAUCCAUUGUCAUGCAGCUGUUGGAGCAGUGGACUUCUCACAUCUUUUUGUCACUUCAUCAUUUGACUGGACAGUAAAACUUUGGACAACUAAGAAUAACAAGCCUUUGUAUUCAUUUGAAGAUAAUUCAGACUAUGUUUAUGAUGUUAUGUGGUCACCCACCCACCCAGCCCUGUUUGCUUGUGUGGAUGGCAUGGGGAGGCUGGAUUUGUGGAAUCUCAAUAAUGACACUGAGGUGCCAACUGCCAGCAUUUCUGUGGAGGGUAAUCCUGCUCUUAAUCGUGUAAGAUGGACUCAUUCUGGAAGAGAGAUUGCUGUGGGUGAUUCUGAAGGACAGAUUGUCAUAUAUGACGUGGGAGAGCAGAUUGCUGUCCCCCGAAAUGAUGAAUGGGCACGGUUUGGCCGAACGCUUGCAGAAAUUAAUGCAAACCGAGCUGAUGCAGAGGAGGAAGCAGCUACCCGAAUACCUGCUUAGCUCCUGACAGGGUGAUAUUGUAGCCUUAGUGGAUUUGGGGAAGACUCUAAGUAGAACCUAAGCUAUUUGCAUGUUUCUAUCUAAAUGUUAAUUAAAAGGAGAUUUCGUGGAUUAAACCAUGGAUUUAAUGCAGCAAGCAAAUCUUACAGUCUUACAAAAAUGUCCCUUUUAUAUAACAUGCAUCUUGUUUUGGAUUUGUGUCAUUUUUAAUACAGCCGAUUGACUUUACAGAUUGCAACCUUUUCUGAAUUCUUAUACACAGGUUGUAUAUUUGGUAUUAGUUAUUCUUUUGAAUUCUUUUCAACUUAUAACACUAUAUGCAGGUUAUUUCUAAAGUACAGAUUAAAUAAGUUCUGCAUAUUUUUAAAUAAUCACAAUUCCCUGUUCUACUGAUAAUGUUCUCACUAACCAUAAUAUGUAAGAACGUUGUUUAUUCUUAGCCAGAGCAUGCAUACAUCUGCCCAAGUUCCAUUCUGAUGUCCUUUUUCUUCUUUAUAAUUCAUGUGAUAGCUAUCUAUAAAUAAAAACAAAUAUGCUUUAA